AUGAGCGCCAAGCUGCUCAGCGCUCAGCCCCUGAUGCCGACUAACAACUUGAAGUUCCCUGUCGAGCUGUGGCUCCUCAUUCUCUCUUUCGGCAAAUUUUCCUCCAAUGACCUAGCUGCACUCUGCCAAGUGUGCACUGGCUUGUAUCAUGCAGCGGUUGACUCUCUGUACGAGUCCAUCACAGUCGACAAUUCGGAUAUCUGCACCACGCUUGCAGAGCAUCCCCAUCUUGCAGAGAAAGUCAAAUCAUUCAUAUUCACAUAUCCAACAAUCAUGGUCUAUGAUGGUCCCGAGGUGCAUCUAGAUCAUCUCAUAUUGGCCCUCAAAAAUAUGACUUGCCUCUCAACACUCAAGCUUAUCCAUUCCAAAAAGCGUGUAUAUUCUUCCAUCCUUCAGUACUGUGAUGCCGAGCUUCACGUUUUUCAUUGCACCUAUCCUGUUGAUCGCCAAUUCCUGAGCUUUUUGAAUAGGCAGGAUAGCAUCCGCGAUCUUGCUCUCACUAGCCAGCCCACAAUAGAUAUCUUUCCUAGGCGCGAGGUGAUGUUUCUUCCCACAUAUCUGCCACAUCUCAUGGAAGUCUCCGCCGACCUUUGGUUGUUAAAAUACCUCGUGCCUGGACGUCCAGUUCACACUGUGCGCUUCAAAGGCAAACACGUACAGGACAGCAACAUGCGGCUCAGCGACUUUGUCGACACCUCCACAGUACCUGUUAGGAAUUUGGGAUUUGAUUUCAUGAUUUGGUGCCCAGCAGUAAUAUGCCUCACACCAAUUUCCAAAUAUAUUGAGGAAAUUACGCUGACAGGUUUGGUCACUCAGGAUUAUGACUUACAGCCGUAUAGUGCCUAA